AUGGAUUAUACCGAAAAAAAAUCGAGAUAUACUGAAUUGCUAAUCAAAAGAGAACAUGAGAACUUGCUUCAUGCUGGUGUUUUAGAUACACACACUCAAACUCGAGAAAAGUAUUGGAUCAUCCGAGGCAGACAAGCUGUAAAAUCGGGCUUGAAUAACUGUUUCGUUUGCAGGAAAUUUAAGGCUAAAAAGGGCACUCAAGUGACUGCUCCACUACCAGCGGAUAGAAUUCAUGAAGCGAACCCCUUUGAAAUCACAGGUGUUGAUUUUGCUGGACCUUUGUUUACAAAAAAUGGAGACAAGGUAUAUAUUUGUUUGUUUACUUGUGCAGUUCAUCUUGAAAUUGUUUCUAGCCUAAGCACCGAACAUUUCCUUCUAGCAUUUCGUCGCUUUGUAUCACGAAGAGGUGUUUGCCGAACUAUAAACUCUGGUAAUGCCAAACCAUUUAAAGGUGCAGAUGUAAAACUGAAGAAGUUAUAUGGAAAUAUUGUUGAUCCAUCUGUACAAAAUUAUUUUGAUACAAAAGGAAUAAGAUGA